AUGGGUCUCACAUUCUCGUCAAUGUUGUCCAAGCUGGCAUUCUGGAACAAAAAUGAGGAGGUCAGGAUACUCAUGCUCGGGCUCGACAGUGCUGGUAAGACGACGAUCUUGUAUCGGCUGCAAAUUGGCGAGGUGGUCUCUACGAUCCCAACGAUCGGAUUCAAUGUAGAAACGGUGACAUUUAAGAACAUCAAGUUUCAGGUCUGGGAUCUUGGCGGACAAACAUCAAUUCGACCGUACUGGAGGUGCUAUUAUGCCAACACAACAGCCAUCAUCUACGUGAUCGACGCUUCGGACAUAGAACGACUCGGCACAGCGAAAGCAGAGCUACUCGCUAUGCUUUCAGAGGAAGAGCUCAAGGACUCAAAGCUUCUUGUUUUUGCCAACAAGCAGGAUCUACCAGGCGCUUUGGACGAAGGGCAGGUCAGCGAGAAGCUCGGGCUGAGCGAGCUCAAGGAUCGUCAAUGGUCGAUACACAAGUGUUGUGCCACCAAAGGCGAAGGUCUGGAAGAGGGUCUUGAUUGGCUGGUCAACACAUUGCAAAGCAAGUGA